AUGUCGCCUACGCCACCCGGUCAGGGUAACAGCCAUGACGACAGAACAAGACGAAACAUAGCCUGCGUCAAUUGCCGCAAUUCCAAAGUGCGAUGCAGAGCGAAUCAAGUUCCUGGCGAAGCCUGCCAACGAUGCGCCAAACUCCAAAUAUCGUGCGUAGUUGACAAGUCUCACAAGAGAGUCACCAAGAGAAGCAAGCUAGAACAACUCGAGCAGGAGUUGAAAAGCAUCAAGCAAGUCGUCCAGCCCGCGGCCAAUGGAAAAGCCCAGUCCGCCUGGACGCCGCCAAGCCCGCGCGCCGCCAUCCCAGCAUUGCCAGACCAAAGAUCCGGAUCCGCUGCCGGCAUCAACACAACCACACCACAGCCGCCGACACCUCAGCCAGAAUCGUCAAGUAGCCGGGGACACCCUGCCCAGAGCUCUGAGCGGCGUCUGAAAACCGGCCCGACAGAGGCUCGUAUCCUGGGAAACCACAUCGUGUCUGGUGAGGAUAUCGAUUGGUACUUUACCAAAUAUCUCCGACACUUUCAUCGAUUCGUGCCGGUCCUGCGCAAAAAGGACCCAGACGACUGCUAUGAGGCAAACCAAACCCUCUUCUGGCUCGUCAUCCAUGUGGCCUGUCGACGCUAUGCCAGAGAUCGUUCCCUCUUCCCAUUGCUGACAGACCACCUGGAAAAGAACAUUUGGACAAUGUCAUCGGCCCCCGCCCUGGAUUUCGACGCCGUGCAAGCCCUCUUAAUCAUAUGUACCUGGCCGAUGCCGAAUAUUCGCUUCGUCGUAGACCCAUCGCCAACCUUUGCCGGUAUAGCGACAACCACAGCCUUGGGACUGGGUUGUCACACAGGCCAGGGGAAGAAUUCUCAAUUCUUGGUUGGCCUGCGUCAGAAUUUCCAUGCCACAGACGAAGAAGCUUCUUCCACAUGGUUAGCGUGCUGUAUGCUCUCACAACGGUACAUGCUCGCUCUCUUGUUCCCCCCGGUCUCAAACAGCCACAACAACACGCCUAACACUGAUGAUAGAACCGCCGCGAGUAUUGGCAUUCCGCCGCCUUCCACACAACACAGCGACUCCAAGGCAAAAGCAGCACUCGAUGCGUCGCAAUGGGUCGACCUCAUAAUCAUGCACGAUGUGCAACGCUUCCUCAACCGCUUCCACACAAGCAUGUUUACACAAGUCACAGCCCACGGCGGCGUCCACGAAUCCGAGGUGGCAAUGUGGGAGACGGAAUUCGAGUCUCUCAAGCCCCUCAUCACCAAAUACGACUCAGGUACACAUUUUACAGAUAGCCAUCCCCCCCUCGCCCUGCCAACUCUCGAAAUCCAGCUAUGCUACUUCAUAUGGCCGCCCAACACCGCCGUGCCGUCGAUAAAGUCGCACGCCGUGCGCGUCUUCAACACGGCCCGCUCCAUCGUCGCACACAGCCUCGACCUCGAAGCCCGCAUCCAGUUCCUCGCCCACGCCCCGCAUUGGGCCACCAGGACCAACAUCGACGCCGCCUGCAUCAUCAUCUCCAUCCUCCACUCCGACUGCUCGCCGGGCAUGAGCGAGCCCGACGCCCACCUCCUCGUCCAGCAGGCCUGCGGCGCCGUCCUCCGCGCCUCCGUGCGCGACGCCGACCUCGCCCACCGCGCGAGCAUCACCAUGGAGACCUUCUGGAGCAUACGCAACCUCGUGCCGAGCUUUGGUGCCGCCCCCGGCGCGAGGCCGGACCGCUCGUCCGCAGGAGUGACAUUUUGGUGUCUGAACAAGUUUCGCACCGCGCUGAGGGACGCCCAGAACAGCACCGAUAGGGUGAACAAUGCGCUGGAGGUGAUGCAGGGUCCAUGUGCGAGUUACACCACCCCCAGUACACAACCUAACAGUAGCGAGCCACAGCCCGGAAACUUGUCCACGGAUCCUAUCCAAGAUGUAGACUGGACCAUGUUCAUGGAUGACUUUGGAUGGGUGGGAGACGACGCUGCGCUGUUGGGCUUGCCUUGA